UUCAAUUUGGGCGAAAAAAAAACUCUCACAAAAUCUAUGUUUUGCGUGAACGCACUCUUUAGCAUUUCAUAUUGACAGAUGUUAAACGUCAACAGCGACGCUCUUUCGUGGCGUCAGAUUUACUAUAUUUGAAAACAACUGAAAUUUGGUACAUCAAACGAUGCGAAUUGGGAGCAAAUAGCAGCGAACAAAUUACGCAUAUAGUUAGGAUAAAUAUAGUUGAAACGUGAAAUUUAUGAAAUUGUCCUGAUAAUAUUUUAUAUUUGCUAUUAAUUUUUGAGAUAAACCGAUUUUAAAGCUUUGAGUAUAAUUGUGAAAUUGCGUAUACAAAAAUUGCUAGUUGGGCAUAAAAAAAUACGCAAAAGUGACGACGACGCCUGGGCGCACGUCUUUGGCCACAACUGGCGGACAUUGGAAACAACAGCAGCAGCAGCAGGUGCAGCAGCAACAACAGUUGGCCAAUAAUAGCUUGGUACAGCCGUUAACAGUGCGAGCAGCAACCGUGGUACAGCCGCAUCAAGUAAGGGCGCAGGAAGCCAGUACCAGUGGCUUUGUUGGCGCAGCAAAUCUCAAUCAUACAAACAUUGCUACGGUACACAUGACGCCCACCAACACAGAUACGCCAUUGCGGCGAUCCGAAGUGGGCAUAUACCGUGAUGGAGUACGCGAUGUAAACACAAAUCUGGGUACACCUUUAAACGAUGAUGAAGAGGAACGUCGUCAGGCGCGUCGGCGCACUAUGUUACAAAGUAGCAGCGGGCGAGAGUCCAUGUUCGAGGAUAAUGAGACAUUGAAGAAAUGUUUGGAGAUAUAUAACGGAAACAAACUUAGUAAGGAUAAUGCGUGGUCAAUGUCGUUAAUUGAUACGCUAUCUACGCUACUGGAUCGUCAUCACAAGUCGUUAAAUAAUUUUAAGGUAGCGGGCUCUUCAUUAGAAGCUUCGUCAAAAGUUUAUGGACUUCGUGUUGACUCUGUGCACACAGACGUGCUGCGUAUGUCUGCAGGUUUAAAUGCUCAAAAAUUUGCCAAUCGUCAGGCGCGCAGUGAUGAUGACGACGACGACGUGGCAACCGGUGGUGAAGGUAACGCAGAUCCGAAUGCCUCCGCUGCUGUAGUAAAUGAGAAUGGCGAGAAAAUUGCUGAAAAACCCAAAGCCAAACCGAGACGUACGCGUCGUGUUGUGUCAACAAUAACAAAAAAUAAGGACACGUUAAAUGCGCGUUUAGAUACGGUACCGUUGCAAGAUCCAGUAUUUGGUAAACUCAAUACAAUCGUUGGUUCAAUAAAUUCGUCCAAUCGGUUAAUGAAUAAUAUAUUAUUUACCACUGAAUCGGAGUUGCGUUUACGUACAACAUUUCGGUUUUGGGAUGCACAACCGGUAACAGCGGGUUGCGAUUAUACUGAACCAACGCCACUCCCGAAUACGGCAGAGGACAUACCAGCGGACUCAAUGGAUUGGGCAGCCUGCGAUCGCUUAGUGCAAAUAAAACAAAUUGAUGAAUUGCAACUGCGACCGCUGCAUACAGGGUAUGUGAUCUCCGAUACACCUGAGGCUAUACCAGACAAUGCGGAUAACGCGGAAAGUCUGCGCAGCAGUUUGGAUGCACCCUUUGAAGAUGCGCCAUUUGAUGGUGGCAAUUGUGGUGAUGGUGGUGGUGAGCAUAUCUCGAUGGCGUUCGAUAUUAACGCGGAAUGUGAACCCUUGCCAGCAUUAAACGAUCAACCGCCCAUGCUGGAUGUGGACUACAAUGAUUUCGAGGAGUUGACUACGGAGGAGCGCACUGCUAUCAACAACUGUCGUGGUCUACGCAAAGCGCCAGUGCUACUGGAAGAUCUGCGUCCCGUUGACGCCACAUCAAAGCUCGAAUAUUCAUAUCGUCCACUCGAUAAAAUAUCACAAUUUUGGGCUGGUCCGUCACAUUGGAAAUUCAAACGUGCGCGUCCGCGUCCAUCCACGCAGGCAACGUUACAAGGUGUCAACAAUCAAAGGGCGCCAACACGCCGCGGUCAUGCGCUUAGCAAGAAGCGUUCCAAACAAUUGCAAUUCGAGCAGGAAUUCGACGAUAUUUUCGUUAAAGUAGACAAGUACAAAGCGCGUAAAGCGAAUUUUCAUAAGAAAUGGGAUCAGCGCAAGCUAAAGUUACCCACGGAUUUACAAUUGGAUUCGGAAAUGUUUAAUAAAUUUAAGUGUGCGCCAAGCGCAGUAGUGCAACCAGUGGUUGAUGAUGAUGACUUGGCGUUGGCUGGUGGCGACGGCAUACAUGGUAAUGACGGCGGUGCUGGGGAUGAUCAUUUUGGUGAUCACGAUGAUGGGCUUUGUGGCGAUAUGGGUGGUGGUGAUGCGGCUGGUUUAAAUAGCAUGGGGGGAAAUGCUAGUAUGGUUGGUGACAAUCCAGUUAACGCUUCGCAAAAUGUUUUUGGCGAUCAGGAAGAGCCGCUACCGUCCGAUGGCGGUGGUGAUGAUAAUGUCGCAAACAAUACGGUGCUGGAGAUUGCAACCAGUUUUGAUGGUGCGCCGAGUCAGGUUACCAAAAUCAUUGUGCCCUUCGCGAAGCGUGCCAAAGUGAUCGAUAUGAAAAAUCUAAAACGUUGCUGUACACAAUUAAUUAAUAAGCAAAUUAAAGAAGCAACGCCGUCGGCGGACAUACCGCAACACCCAAUUAUACGUGAGGAACACUUUGUAGACGGCAUGGCCAGUUUCAAAGAUGUCUACGAACACCUGCCUGAGAUUUUGUCACAAAAUAUGGUAGAAUCGCUUUCGCCCUCAAUUGCUUUCUAUUCAGUGUUGCAUUUAGCGAAUGAUUACAAUUUACGUCUGAUACCACAACAAGAUUUGGAAGAUUUCAAAAUACGACAAUUAAUGGAUUGAUAACUGUUUAUGCUUAAUAUUGUUGUUGUUGUUGAUGUUCAUAUGGAUUUUUGGUUUAAUGACGAUGACGAUAAAUUGUUAGUGUGCUAGUGCCGUGACCAGUGUGCGUAUUAAAGCAAUUUCACCGCCCAACUUUAUAAAAACAAAAAAAAAAAAAACGAAUAAAAACCCAAAUUUCAUAUUUUUACAUUUCUAAUAAAAAU